AUGUCACUGAGGCCUUCGCAAAGUCAUCCAAGCGUGUCGGCGUCUAUGGUGAAUGCGCGGUGCUUCCUCGCCGGUUGGCGCUUCCUCUUCGCUCGGAAGAAAGAUCGCAACAUGCACCCACAAGUCGAUAAGUUGCUUUCGGAUAUCGACAAACAUCUGCACCAGCCGGGACCAAUCACUAAUGUUUUGGCAAAGGCAGAAGAGAAAUCGGGGAUUCGUCGGCUGCAUUUGGUUCUUGGGAUCGCCGGAUUACAAGCACUCUACUUGAUCUUCGGACAUUUCGCAGCUCUUCUCUGCAAUUUCAUGGGCUUCAUCUAUCCGGCUUAUUGCUCCAUCAGAGCAAUUGAAUCAUCAUCAAAGGAAGACGAUACUCAAUGGCUAACUUAUUGGGUUGUGUUUGCACUUUUCUCGGUAGCCGAAUUCUUCUCGCAUCAGAUUUGUGCCGUCUUCCCAAUUUACUGGCUGUUCAAGAGCUUGUUCCUGCUCUAUCUCUACUUGCCCGAGACGCUUGGAGCCAAGAAGAUCUACCACAAGUUCAUCCAGCCACUUGCCGCCAAGCAUGCUCCUUCAAUCGACAGUCGUCUUAAUGCUUUUGCUGAUAAGGCUCGUGAUGGCGCUCGCCACAUUGUUGACGACAUCCGGGAGCACGUGCAU